AGCAGGCUUCCUACCAUCAUCAUCCUCAUUCUUCUGCUCAACACACGCUCACACACACACUCACACACACUCACACACUCCUGAGUGCCACACACACCAUCUGGGUUCAGCAUGGCGACCAUCACCUGUACCCGCUUCACAGAGGAAUACCAACUGUUUGAGGAACUGGGCAAGGGAGCGUUCUCAGUGGUGCGCAGGUGUGUUAAAGUCCUCUCGGGUCAGGAAUACGCCGCCAAGAUCAUCAACACCAAGAAACUCUCUGCCAGAGAUCACCAGAAGCUGGACAGAGAGGCUCGGAUCUGUCGACUGCUCAAACAUCCAAACAUCGUGCGGCUCCAUGACAGCAUUUCAGAGGAGGGUCACCAUUAUCUCAUCUUCGACCUUGUGACGGGUGGCGAGCUGUUCGAGGACAUCGUGGCCAGAGAAUAUUACAGCGAGGCAGACGCCAGCCACUGCAUCCAGCAGAUUUUGGAAGCCGUGCUGCACUGCCAUCAGAUGGGCGUCGUGCACCGAGAUUUAAAGCCAGAGAAUCUUCUCCUCGCCUCAAAGUCUAAAGGUGCAGCCGUGAAGUUAGCGGAUUUCGGUUUGGCAAUUGAGGUGGAAGGAGAUCAGCAGGCUUGGUUUGGUUUUGCAGGUACACCUGGUUACCUCUCACCUGAAGUGUUACGGAAAGAUCCAUACGGGAAAGCCGUGGAUCUCUGGGCCUGUGGUGUGAUUCUGUACAUCCUGUUGGUUGGAUAUCCUCCAUUCUGGGAUGAAGAUCAGCAUCGACUCUACCAGCAGAUCAAAGCAGGAGCCUACGAUUUUCCGUCUCCAGAGUGGGACACGGUCACUCCUGAAGCUAAAGAUCUGAUUAAUAAAAUGCUCACCAUCAAUCCUGCUAAACGCAUCACUGCUGCUGAGGCUCUCAAGCACCCCUGGAUCUCUCAUCGCUCCACGGUGGCGUCCUGCAUGCACAGACAGGAGACGGUGGAAUGUCUGAAGAAGUUCAACGCUCGCAGGAAGCUGAAGGGUGCCAUUCUCACCACCAUGCUCGCCACCAGGAACUUCUCAGGAGGGAAGAGUGGAGCCAACAAGAAGACGGAUGGCGUGAAGGAAUCCUCCGAGAGCUCCAACACCACUAUUGAAGAUGAAGAUACCAGAGCGAGGAAACAGGAAAUCAUCAAAGUGACCGAGCAGCUGAUCGAGGCCAUCAGCAAUGGAGACUUUGAGAGUUACACGAAGAUGUGUGAUCCCAGUGUUACAGCAUUUGAACCUGAAGCUCUGGGUAAUCUGGUGGAGGGACUCGACUUCCAUCGCUUCUACUUCGAAAACCUUUGGUCUAAGAACAGUAAGCCGGUCCACACCACCAUCCUGAACCCUCACAUCCACCUGAUUGGGGACGAGGCCGCCUGCAUCGCUUACAUCCGCAUCACGCAGUACAUCGACACCAACGGCACGCCGCACUCCGCCCAGUCCGAGGAGUCGCGCGUCUGGCACCGGCGCGACGGGAAAUGGCAGAUCGUUCACUUCCACCGCUCCGGAGCGCCCUCUACCAUCACCAAUUGAGCUGCAGAGCUGGUGGUAACAGAAGUGUGAUAUAUUCCGGUGGUCCUGCUGUUCUGCGAGCUGAUUGGACACCAAUGGAGCUGCCUGACUACCCACAAUCCUUUGCUUCCCAUCUCACACAUGAGCAUCUAGGAUUGAGUUCAUCACACACACACACACACACACACACACACACACACAUUAACACUAGGUGCACAACAUGCGCUGUGUCAGUCUUCUGUAGAUGCUACAAAGAAAUUGUGCAAAAAAUAUGAAUCAUGAGUGGAAUUAAAUAUUAUUUGUUAUAUUUAUUGAUUAUUUAAAUGUAAAGGUUGUUUAUCAGGCUGCCGGCGUGGUGAGGGAUCAAAUCCCCUCCCGAAACUACAAACGUUUUUGUUCUGCAGGGGUUUGUUUACACUUCCAUCAUUAAACUCAUUAAUGUGCUUCAUUAUUCACACAGAUCAAACACGGGUGUGGAAGUGUUGGCGCGCAUGCUAACAUCCCAUUAAAACGUUCAUGGAACAGUGGUCUUUCACCAAGGUCUGCAAGAAAACACAAGCGCUCACUAAUACUGAGAGGAACUUUAGAGGCUUUUCUGCUCUGAAUCAGUAUUUUGAAGGUUGUAUGAAAGAUUGUUUCUCCUCACAGCAGCAGGAGCCUCUAAAGAUUUAAAGCUCGCUCGACUGUGAGAAGUCUCGCUCCUGUUCCAUUAGCUUAUGAUUAUUGAUUACGUGUGGAAAUGACACAUAAACGUACUCAGCCUGAGACCUGAGAUUAAAGUUUGGGUUUCUUCUCGACCUUGACUAGAGACCACUGUUCCAUGUAAUUACAGGUGCAGACAGCGAGCACUCCAGUGGAUACAGGACAUGAUACACACUCACUUCUACUCUGAACUAUUCUAAUCGUUUUGUUUUUGCUGUUUGGGAAAUAUAAACAAUAAACAACAACUAAGGUAAAAUCAAGGUGUUUAGAAUCCCGUCCAAUCAGGAGAGGUUUCGAACAAAAACACAGUAAAGAAACAAACCCUAAAAAUGUUAAACACACAUUUAAAGCUGCACUGAGAGUGAUUAUUAUUAUAAUAUUUCUGUUAUUUACGUUUCUCAUGGAGUGGCGCUUCCACAGUUCUUCCUGUAGAGGGCGCUGUUGCUUUGCUUUAUUCAUGCUUUACUAUAGAACCACACCCUGGUAUUAUAAAUCAAACACAAAUCAUUCAUUUCCACAGUGAGACGAAGCAGAUUUGCAAUAAACUAAAAGAUCUUUUUAUUCCAACUACAAACCAGACAAGAUUUCUCUGAUUGUUCGACAUUGUAAGAUAUUAUUCAUUGAUCACAUCAGUCAGUACUCUCACUGCAUGGCCGCCGCUUCAGUUUACUUCAAAUUAAAAUUAGUAUUUCAAGUGAAAUGAACUUGUUUUAUUUGUGAGUGUGGAAGAAUCAGGUUGCAGUAAAUAUAGUUUGUGAUACGUGCUGGUGAAAUAGAUUAUGUUUCCACGACUGUACAGAUGAAUUAUUAUCAUGUAAUUACAUUCUCCUGCCAGCAUGUGGCGCACAUCACAUAUAUUUAUACACAUCUGUGUUUUAUAUUGGGUAAAGAAUUGUGACGCGCUUCACCCCGCAUACAGCUCUUUUUAAUCUACUAUUCUACAUCACGAGGUUAUCAGGGUUGUUGUUUAUAUAUUUAUUCAUGUAUUUAUUUUAUUACCUCCAAGAAAUAUAGAUCUGAAAAAUAGCUGUGCAGUUUAUUUGUGACCCGUUUCACCCAGCGUACAGGUCAUUAAUAAAUGAAAGAAAAGGCUGCAUACAGUACAGUGAAUUGUGCAACACUUUACCCAGCAUACAGGUUACAAUAAUGCUUUAUAUAUAAUUUAACUUAUUAACGUAUUAAUGAUAUAUAGAUUUAUAGCUUUAUAAAUCACCUAUAUCUAUAUCAGAUGUUUAGAAUAUUUUGAUUCAUUACAAAUAUACUAAUUUAUUACACAUACAUUAAAUAUAUCACUUAUAAAUACAUGAUUUUAUUUAUGAAUACAAGAGUUUAUCUGCUACAUACCUGAUCUAUUAACAUUAUAUAUUCAUUUAUCAAGCUCAGUAUUUAUUUAUUAUUAAAUAUGUACAAAUGUUGAUUCUUGUUUUCUCUUGUAUAAGUUUCCAAAUGUGCAUCAGUUUUAUUAUUUCAUGUUUUAUUUGUAUUAAAAGGUAUAAUAAUGAUAAUAUUCAGUGUUUUUGGGGUUGAUGGAGCCCUCACUGUUCAGUUAGGUUUUGGUUUUAGCCGAUCAAAUGAAUGUAACACGAUUUUACUGCACAGAGGAGUUUUAAUCAUUGUAGGAAGGAUGAUGAUGGUUUAAUUUUACACUGUAGGGACGGUUUGGUUCAUUUACAGUCCAUGGCAGGGGCCCUAAACCUCGGGGUCGAGGCUUCCAUGAGGGCCCCAGCAUGGUUCCUUAAUGUUCUUAUACAGGACUGACAGAGCAGAAAAGUACGUAUAAAAUGAAUUAAAUAAAGAAUAAAUGAUGGAGGGAUUUACAUGAGCGGGUGAUGACGGGCUCUUCUGCCCCUCUUCAGCACACAGUUGGGAUUUUGGACUGUUCAUCAGUCUGAGUGAGAUGUGUCCGGUGUGUGUAAACCUUAACUUUCACACACACAUUCAAUAACUUUAUCUCACAUGUGUUAAUAAUAAUAAAGAUUCGAGUGAGUAAAUCAGGAUGGAUGGUUUCCGCUCUGUGAGAAGAUGAACUGGAACUCCUCUGUGACACCGAUGACCUUUAACCUCUUGUACUGUUUCUAACUGUUGGAUGGUGGUGCAUGCUGCACGUUUCUUUUUGUAACGACUGUGACGUUCUCGUUUUAUAAGAAGCUUGUGAAUAAAAGCACAGAAAUAUGAA